AUAUUUUGAUCAUUUUGCUGUGAAAACCCUUAUCAACCGAGUUUUGAAUGAACUGAAUUUUUAAUCAAAACAUUAGUUUCUUUUAUAUAUGCUUUACAUGUUAAUUUAAAUAUUUUUCUUAUCAUCCGUAAUUUAAGUGAUUUAAAUAUUCUCUAUAAUUGAAAAUGUCACAAUUAAGCAAGCCCAGUAUUGAUCUUGGUUUGAACUUCUUGAAAAAAGUUGGUUCUGAUUCAACCAAUUUACUUUUGUCACCAUUAAGUGUUAUCAUGGCCUAUGGAAUGGCACUCGAAGGAGCCGCUGGUGAAACUGCAAAACAAAUCAGAACAGUUUUGAAUCUGGAUAAAGUUGAUAGCCAACAAGGAGAUGUUUCAAAAAUAAUCAAACAGCACAUGGAAAAAUAUCUGAAGAAUAAGAACUCUACUUCUGAAGAGAAAAAAUGCCUAUUAGAGUUUGGCAAUUUACUUAUGGCUAAUAAAGAUUUCAGGCUUCAAAAGACUUUUGUUCAAAACUUACAAACUAACUAUUCUGCCAAUGCAUUCAAUGAGGAUUUUACUGAUGGCCAAAAUAUUCUAGAAAAAGUCAACUCUUGGGUUUCUGCAGCUACAAGAAAUAAAAUUUCAACGAUUCUCGACAAACCACCAGAACCUGACGCUGUGUGUUUGCUAGUGAAUACAAUUUAUUUCCAAGCUAAUUGGUUAAAACCUUUUUAUGAAGAUUCUACGGAAGAGAAGAUAUUCACCAAUUCAGAUGGAUCAACAACUAAGAUUAAGAUGAUGACUCUUUCAGAUGAUACCUUUAAUUUUGCAGAAUGUCUAGAAAAAAAAUUAAAGAUUGUCGAGAUUCCAUAUUUUGGAAAUAUUAGCAUGGUAUUGAUCCUUCCAACUGGUGACAACAAUUUAAAAAAGAUGAUUGAUAAUUUGGACUCAACGGAGCUUUUCAGUUUGAUAGACUCCAUGUCAAGAACACGUUUGGGUACUUUAACUAUACCGAAAUUCAAACUGGAAGAUAAUCAUCAACUACACAAAAUUUUACCAAGAAUGGGAAUGACUCGACCAUUCCAAAUGAAUGCUGAAUUUCCAAGAAUUACUGAAGGGUCUUUACCAUUAUACAUAUCAAAAUCAAUACAAAAA